GCCCAACCAAGAUAUCGAAUCUCGUCCCUUCCAUCCCUCCUAUGGCCUUUGCCGCUUCACGUCCGCCGCACUAAGCUUCUCACCUUAUCUAAUGGGUUCCAUGUGAUCAUUCACAUCGCAAUACUUGAUCGAAAAUGCUGCGACGACCUCCGGGCGAGGGGCGUCGGGCCUCACAGCAACAGAGACUCUUCAUCGCCUUUGCUAUCAUUCUUCUACCCUGGCUACAGCUUGUUGAUGCUCAGCAGCAGCAUCGACCAGUCGAACCAGCUUUACCACAACUGCAACGCCCCGGCGGCCGCAGUCAGCAGUUAGCCGAUGAUGCCGUACAUCAAUGGGCCGCGACCCCCGUUGACGUGACUAAGUCGGCCCGCGAGACUGUCAAGAAUGUAAAGCGGGCUUCCGUUCCCAAUCAGCGACAGCGACAGCAGCAGCAGCAGAAGAUCGAGCCUGUCCGCAAGAACCGCAAGAGAGAAUACGAAAACGACCAUUUAAUUAUCCCUGACGAUGCGAGCGCCCUCGCAACUUUGGCUCCGGCUCAGUCCGUAGGAGCACCAAACCCUUCACGAUAUCAACGGUCCAGCAGCAUUCCUGCUUCUGGGCUUGCCUCGCCGCAGAUUGCGCGGAGUCUGAAGGAUUGGGAAGUGGAAGACUUUGUUCUUCUGGCGACCGUCGAUGGAGACCUAUACGCCAACGACCGGCGAACCGGAAAAGAACGUUGGCAUCUCGAAGUCGACCACCCUAUGGUAGAGACCAAACACCACCGCUCGGAGAAGUCCAUUCUCGAUGAAAAUUAUCACCAAGUCGACCAUUAUGUUUGGGCUGUUGAGCCUAACCGUGAUGGCGGAAUCUACCUCUGGGCCCCCGAUUCUAAUCGUGGAUUUGUCAAAACAGGCUUCACCAUGAAGAAGCUUGUCGAAGAACUGGCCCCCUACGCUGAUGAGAGCUCUCCCGUCGUCUAUACUGGCGACAAAAAGACUACCAUGAUUACUCUUGAUGCAGCCACAGGGAGAGUUCUGAAAUGGUUCGGUGCUACAGGAUCUCAUGUUAAUGAAGCCGAAAGCUGCGCACGCCCCGACACGUUGUACGACGAGAAUAACCAGGAGUGUAGCUCUACUGGAACAAUCACUUUGGGCAGGACCGAAUAUACUGUUGGUAUCCAGCGGCGUGAGGACGGUCUUCCCAUCGCUACCCUUAGGUACUCUGAGUGGAGCCCCAACAACUACGACAGCGACCUAUUUCAACAGCACCAGUCUUCAUUAGAUAAGAAGUACAUCACAAGCCAGCACGACGGCAAGGUCUAUGCGUUUGACUACGCAAGGUCCGAAAAGGCAGAGCCACUUUUCAGCGAACACUUCGCAGCACCUGUAGCCCGAGUUUUUGAUGUAUGCCGACCAGGAGAUGCUACAUCCGACAGCAAUCCCGAUCUUGUGGUCCUUCCUCAACCGCCGAUGCCCCCGCAAGAUGAGACCCACGCCCGUAUGCGCAGUAACAGUAUCUUUCUCAACCAGACUCGGACUGGGGAUUGGUAUGUCAUGUCUGGACGAUCGUAUCCUCUUAUUAUCCAUGCCCCCAUCGCUCAACUAUCCCGCCCCGAUUGGUGGGACAUUGCUCCCUCUUGGGACACUAUCAACCAAACCAAACUCUCGAAGGUCCUGGUAGGCACACAUUUCCUCGACACUGUCAAUAACAGAGGUGGCACACACACGCCAAGUUUGCCUGCCGGUGCAAUAGAAGGACCAGAAGUGUAUGACGUGUACGAUGACAAUGACGAUUUGGAGAAUAAUGAUUCAAAAACCACGGACCUGACAUUUUCGGAUGAGCCUACCUUUUUUACCAACGUCAAAAAGGUGCCUCUAAUUGCCGCCCAAAGCGUCAAGGAUUUCAUCACAAAUCCCGUGGUCAUCAUCAUAUUUGUUUCAUUACUCUAUUUCAACAACAAGAAUAUCCGUCGUCACCUCCAGCGUGGGAAGCGACGGGGUUUCUGGAACGAAUUGCAAAAUAUACUGGGUUUUGUUGAGGCCCCGGUCUACACGGAGCAACCGGAUGAAGUCGAUAGCAGCGACACUGACGGCAACGUUGACUACUUGGCCGGCUCAGUGAACGAAGAACCAAAGCCCGCAGCACCGAGAGACAAUCUUGAGGAGAAGGUCAAAGAAUCCGUGGUCCCUGCCCCUGAAUCAUCCAAUUUGGAGCCCGGAACUUCCCCCCAAACACCUAUCAAAGAGGUAGAGCUUAGCGAUAGGGAAGCGACUCCGAAGCCCAAGAGGAAGACUCCCACCAAGAGCUCAGGUGAUACUCCUGAUACUCCUCAACCUCAACCUCAACCUCAAACCAAGGCUACGGGCACAAAUGAAAGUCAGGAUGGUGGAGCCCCUGAGAAGAAGAAGAAGGCUCACAGAGGUAGACGUGGGGGUGUCAAGCAUCGUAAGAGUCGUGCUCAAGAAGCUUCCCUAUCUCGAGGCGAUGACCCGGCCACGGCCACUGUCGAGGAUGCGGUCAACAACGCAAAGAAGCUGGGUGAAAGGCCUAGCCUCGAGCCGGACGUAAUGACCGUACAUGACGACAUGCAGUCUGUGACAGGCUCGACGAUCCGCAUGGGAAACAUCGAGGUGAACACAGAUGAGCAAUUGGGCACAGGAAGCAAUGGCACUCUAGUCUUUGCUGGCAAAUUCGAUGGAAGAGCGGUCGCCGUCAAACGCAUGUUGAUUCAGUUUUAUGACAUCGCGUCCCAAGAAACAAGGCUGUUAAGAGAGAGUGAUGAUCACCCGAAUGUCAUUCGAUACUACUCCCAACAGAUCCGCGAUGGAUUUCUUUACAUUGCCCUGGAGCGCUGCGCCGCUUCAUUAGCAGACGUGGUCGAAAAGCCCAACUAUUUCCGGGACCUUGCCAACGCCGGCCGACAUGACUUGCCGAAUAUCCUUUACCAGAUCACCAACGGCAUCAGCCACUUACACGAGCUCCGAAUCGUCCAUCGUGACCUCAAGCCACAGAAUAUUCUGGUCAAUAUGGGCAAGGAUGGCAAGCCUAGAAUGCUGGUCUCUGAUUUCGGACUUUGCAAGAAGUUGGAAGGCGGGCAAUCGUCCUUCGGCGCCACCACGGGUCGUGCCGCUGGAACAUCAGGCUGGCGUGCUCCCGAGCUUCUGCUCGACGACGACGCUCGAGAAGGUGCCAUGAUGGAGGCUAGCACUCAAAGCGGCUCUGGUUCGGUUUUGGUCGAUGACAAUAUGAUGCCUCGGCGUGCUACUCGUGCGAUUGACAUUUUCUCGCUUGGACUGGUCUUCUUCUAUGUCUUGACCAACGGAUCACAUCCCUUUGAUUGCGGCGAUCGCUAUAUGCGAGAAGUCAACAUUCGAAAAGGGCAGUAUAACCUGGACCUCCUUGACUCUCUCGGCGACUUUGCCUACGAGGCUAAGGACCUUAUCGCCUCUAUGCUUGAAGCAGACCCCAAGAACCGUCCCAAUGCCAAGGAGAUCAUGGCCCAUCCCUUCUUCUGGUCCCCGAAGAAGAGGCUCGCAUUCCUCUGCGACGUCUCGGAUCACUUUGAGAAGGAGCCAAGGGACCCACCCUCGCCCGCCCUGGCCGAGCUUGAGAGGCACGCAGGGGAUGUGACUAGGAGUGACUUCUUGAGGGUCUUGCCGCGUGAUUUCGUUGAUUCCCUUGGCAAGCAACGCAAAUAUACCGGUUCCCGCCUUCUUGAUCUGCUUCGGGCCCUACGAAAUAAGAAGAAUCACUACGAAGAUAUGCCUGAGGCACUCAAAAGGACCGUCGGACCUCUUCCCGAAGGCUACCUUGCAUUUUGGACUGUUAGGUUCCCUAUGCUAUUGUUGACUUGUUGGAACGUUGUAUGGAACGUGCAGUGGGAAAAGUCGGACCGCUUCCGCGAAUACUAUGAGCCUGCGCCCCUGUAGACAGGAAAGAAGGCACUCUGAGUUGUUUUUUUAGGAUGCUCUUAUAUAUUUGCUGCUCAAUCCUGACUCGUAUUUCCAUGAGACUAUCCUAAGCCUUGCAAAUAUGCUCCUAAGCUUAUGACGAUACGGUCAUGUUGCAACAGUCCUACAUAGUAAAUAUGCGACAAUAUGAUCAAAACUUUUUCCAAGUAGCCGAAACACC